AUGACAUCGCAAACAUUAGACGUUCAAAAGACGCCGUCAAACACAACACAUCGAUCAAGACCCAAAGCAAAGGCAAAGGCAAAUUCAAGAUCAAAUCAUAAUAAUAACAAUAAUACAAUAAGCUAUCAUUCUUCUUCCAAUUCUGAUUCUAAUAUCGAUAGUCCCCGAUUAUCAGAUGGUGCUUCUUCAACACCUACUUCUCUGGAUGACGAAUUUAUGAAAUUAUCACCAUCACAAAGAAGAAAUUCGCAUAAUAAGACUGAUGAUGAUCAUCAUCUCAUACAGAAUGAUAAUAAUAAUAACAAAAAGGAAAGAUCCAUCAUAAAUAAAAAACCAUCAUUAGAAGACCAUCAUCCUAAUCCAAGUCUUCUUAGAAUGCAUUCAUCUUCCAUCUUAUCAAACGUUCAAAGACCUCAUUCACAAUCCAUUGAUCCACUAGAUAUACCGAAGAAUUCAACGAAUGAUUCAAUAGAUAUGGAUCAAACAAUUCCGGAAGAAUCUAUCAAGAAGGAUUAUCAUCCUUGGAAAUCAUCACAAGAUAAUAACGAUGUAGAUUUAUCAUCUUUUGAUGAUCCAACAACAACAAUAACAGAUGAAGAUACAACAACACAUAAUAAUGAAAUAUUACAAACAACUUCAAAUCUGAUACAUACAGAUUCAUAUAUACAUAAUGAAGACACAGAAGAUCAUAUCAUAUUAAAUACAAAAGUAUCAAGAAGAUCUUCCAAGAGAAGAGAUACACAGGAUUCCAUUAGAACAACAAUCCCAUUCCAUGCAUCAAAACAUUCACAAAUUUUACCAUUAGAUGAAUCUGAAUUAAAUCCUCAUCACCAUUCAAUCGUUCAAAGGAAAAAAUUAACUCAUCAUUCAAUGUCUUCAUUACCUAUACCGUACCAUUAUAAUAAUAAAGAUCAACCUUCAACAACAAUGCCAUCGAAAAAACAUAAUAAAUUCUUAUCCAUGUCAACAGUUUCAUUACCACCAGUUAAUCAUAUUAAUAAUGGAACUUUGAAAACAUCAGAGUCUGCCACUGCAGAAAUCAAAAAAAUGAGAGAAUCUUUAUUACAUAAGAGAGAAAUGAAAAGGAAAAGGAAAACAUUCCUAAUAGAUGACGAUAGAGUAUUAAUAGGUAAUAAAGUAAGCGAAGGUCACGUUAACUUCAUCAUUGCAUAUAACAUGUUAACGGGAAUUCGUGUUGCUGUAUCUCGUUGUUGCGGAUUUAUGAAACCAUUGACACCAACCGAUUUUAAAUUUAAUAAGAAAUUAGCAUUCGAUUAUCAUGGUAAUGAAUUGACUCCCUCAUCAGAAUAUGCAUUUAAAUUUAAAGAUUAUUGUCCAGAAGUGUUUAGAGAGCUACGAACGUUAUUUGGAAUUGAUCCCGCUGAUUAUUUAGUCUCAUUGACAUCAAAAUAUAUUCUAAGUGAAUUAAACUCUCCGGGGAAAAGUGGAUCCUUCUUUUAUUAUUCAAGAGACUAUAAAUACAUUAUCAAGACCAUUCAUCAUUCAGAACAUAGACAUCUAAGAAGACAUUUGCAAGAAUAUUAUAAACAUGUAAAGGCAAAUCCCAAUACUUUAAUUUGUCAAUUUUAUGGAUUGCAUCGUGUUAAGAUGCCCAUAUCAUUUCAAAAUAAAAUAAAUCAUAGGAAAAUAUAUUUCCUAGUAAUGAAUAAUCUUUUCCCACCACAUUUGGAUAUUAACACAACAUUUGAUUUGAAAGGUUCCACAUGGGGCCGUAUGACACAAUUUGAUCCACAAUUAUAUGAAAGAGAUCAAUUUUAUAGGCCUGUCUUAAAGGAUUUAAAUUGGUUAGAUAUGGAAAAGAGAAUUGAAUUUGGUCCCACUAGAAAGGAAAAAUUCUUAAUUCAAUUGAAGAAAGAUGUAGAUUUAUUAGCUAAAUUGAAUAUAAUGGAUUACUCAUUAUUGCUAGGAAUUCAUGACAUUAAACCAAAGGAAAUUAACGAUAACCAAAAGGAGCAACAACAGUUAGUGUUUCCUGAGACAGGGUCAAUAGAAGAUUCUACAAACCCAAAUUCUAAAACGGCACCAAUCACGGCUGUCCAUUAUUUCAAACAAUUUGAAGGUGGGAUUAGAUCUUCUGAUCAAUUCGAUAAAGAUGGUGAUAAAAUAUAUUAUGUCGGUAUCAUUGAUUGUUUAACAAAUUAUUCCAUUAUGAAGAAAUUAGAAACGUUUUGGAGAUCUUUGAAUCAUGAUAGGAAAACUGUAAGCGCCAUUCCACCCAGAGAUUAUGGUGACAGAUUUUAUACUUUUAUUCAGAAAUCAGUGGAUGCAUUACCGCAAACAAAAUAUAAAGAUAAUCCUGAAAUAAAACGAUAUAAGGAUUAA